CCUACAUCCGGCAUUAUGUGCUCCGUCAAAACAGGUCCUUCCUUCUUGCGUCCGUCCAUGCUGCGAUCAGCUGAUGUGCUGCUUCUGCCUGUCACACAGUCGUGAUACAGUUUCUCCAAACUUUCCAAGAACAUAGCUCGACAUGACGAAAGAGGCAGUCCAGGGGGCGACGGAGGAGGAGCAGCAGGCUCAGUCAAAGAAAGCCCUGAAGAAACAGCAAAAGGAAGCAGAGAAAGCUGCAAAGAAGGCCGAGAAACAGGCCAAGCUGACUGCUGAACAACAAACCACAGAGGAAGAUGACUUUGCCAAGGAUCGAUACGGUGUGUCAGCUAUGGUCCAGUCCCAACAAAAACUGGACAGGGAAUUGGUGCGAGUCCAAGACCUUACUCCUGAGAAGGCUGACCAGCUGAUCUGGCUGCGUGCCCGAGUCCACACCAGCCGAGCAAAAGGGAAGCAAUGCUUCUUGGUCUUGCGUCAGCAGCAGUUCAACGUUCAGGCACUGGUCGCAGUGGGAGAUCGUGCCAGCAAGCAGAUGGUCAAGUUUGCCGCAAACAUCACCAAGGAGAGCAUCAUAGACGUGGAGGCGUCAGUGAGGAAAGUGGAGCAGAAGAUCGAAAGCUGUUCCCAGCAGGACGUUGAGCUCCAUGUUGAGAGGAUUUUUGUCAUCAGUCAGGCAGAGCCUCGUCUCCCCCUGCAGCUGGAGGAUGCUGUCAGGCCUGAUGGAGAGGGAGAAGAGGAAGGCAGAGCCACAGUUAACCAGGACACAAAGCUGGACAACAGGGUGAUUGAUCUCAGGACGACCACCAGCCAGGCCAUCUUUCGCCUGCAGUCAGGAGUGUGCCAACUCUUCAGAGACACGCUCACACAGAAGGGCUUUGUGGAGAUCCAGACUCCUAAAAUAAUAUCAGCUGCCAGCGAAGGGGGAGCAAAUGUCUUCACGGUGUCUUACUUUAAAACCAGCGCCUACCUGGCCCAGUCUCCCCAGCUCUACAAGCAGAUGUGCAUCUGUGCUGACUUUGACAAGGUCUUCUGUGUGGGUCCAGUUUUCAGGGCAGAGGACUCCAACACCCACCGUCACCUGACUGAGUUUGUGGGUCUGGAUAUUGAGAUGGCCUUCAACUACCAUUACCACGAGGUGAUUGACUCCAUCACUGACACCAUGGUGCAAAUCUUCAAGGGCCUGAGAGACAACUUCCAGACAGAGAUUCAGACGGUGAACAAGCAGUUUCCAAGUGAGCCCUUCAAAUUCCUCGAGCCCACUCUGAGGCUGGAGUACACUGAGGGCGUGGCCAUGCUGCGUGAGGCUGGUGUGGAGAUGGGUGACGAGGACGACCUCAGUACGCCCAAUGAAAAGCUGCUUGGCCGUCUUGUCAAGGAAAAGUAUGAUACUGACUUCUAUGUGCUGGAUAAGUACCCACUGGCUGUUAGGCCCUUUUACACCAUGCCUGAUCCAAACAACGCUAAAUACUCCAAUUCCUACGACAUGUUUAUGAGGGGAGAGGAGAUCCUGUCUGGAGCUCAGAGAAUCCACGAUGCUCAGCUGCUGACUGAAAGGGCCACCCAUCACCAGAUUGAUCUGGAGAAGAUCAAGUCAUACAUCGACUCCUUCCGCUUUGGAGCUCCCCCACAUGGCGGCGGAGGCAUUGGCCUGGAGAGAGUCUGCAUGCUGUACCUGGGCCUCCACAACGUGCGUCAGACCUCCAUGUUUCCACGUGACCCUAAGCGUCUGACGCCUUGAACCCUCCACUGCUAGACUAAUACAUACAGAUGCUGGUGAUGGGAAACAAUACUAAUCCACAGUCAAGACAAGGAGAGAAUAUAGGAGCUAGUGCCACCCUCUGACUCUAACGUGCCACUGUAAUUAACUGUCAGGAUAGAGGAAAAAGCAGUUGUAACAGUAGGGUGAACUUUAUUGAUUGGUGUGCACAGUUUUCUAACAACAACGAGUACCAGACACAUUAAAGAGAGAAGGGAAGGGGCCGGUCAUUAACACAAGUUACAGCAAGGCUGCACACAAGUAAUUCAUCUUUUAAUUAACUCAAGUGUUUGUCUAAGUUUUUUUCUAUGGAGAGGUUAAAAAAAUUAAAACAGAUGUUAGUCCAUUCUACUACCAGCACAGACGUCGGACUAAUGAUUGUGGUGUCCAACUACAGGUGUUUUGUAAGUAGUUACAAGAAUUAAACAUCAACAGUAAUGGAAAAUAAAAGCUCUUAUACUAUCAA